AUGCAGAUAGUGACAAGUGUGAAACCAUAUGAAUGAAUGAAUCUUGAAGGAUUAAAGGAAGCUGAAGCUGGCUUUGAUGAGACUGAUAGGAAAGCUAUUGAUAUGUACAGGCAGCAACACUUGCAGGAAUGGAAAUGUCUUCAAAGGAAGCAAAAGUAUGUGAAAGUAAGAGAAAAUUGUGGAAAGCACUGUGCAAAAGAAGUUACAAAUGCUCCAGAGGACGUUUGGAUUAUAAUUCAUCUUUAUUUGUCAAGUAUCUCAAUGUGUUUACUGGUUAAUGAUCACCUCAACCUGCUGGCCUGAAAGUUUCCAGAAGGCAAGUUUCCCAAAGCCAUUGUAAACUGCUGCAUUCAGAAUUCCAAGGACAGGUGUUUACCCACAAUACUUGUAUAUAAACUGGUGAAAUACAAGACAGGUUCAUUUGGAAUAUGCUAA